AUGCUGUUCUUCAGCUUCUUCAAGACUUUGGUUGACCAAGAGGUUACGGUCGAAUUAAAGAACGACAUCUUACUUCGGGGCACAUUGAAGAGCGUCGACCAAUACCUUAACAUCAAAUUGGAUCAAAUCUCCGUGGUCGACGAACUAAAAUACCCACAUCUGUCCUCGGUCAAGAACGUCUUCAUUAGAGGCAGCGUCGUGAGAUAUGUUCACUUGCCUGGCAAUGCGGUAGACACAGCACUCUUGGAAGAUGCAACCAGGAGAGAAGCUGCCAAUUCAGGAGGAAAAGCCAAAUGA